AUGAUCCGAUUUGAUAAAAUUGGGAUCAUCGGCGGAAACUCUAUAAACUAUCCCUAUCAAAACUUAAGAUUGGUUCCAGCCACCGAGAUGUUCGCGUUUCGAGUACACCAAGAAAAUGCGAAAAAACGUCAACGGAAAAAGUUCACUUCGAAAAUUGCCGUCGAGUCGGAAAAGAUGAGUCGUGAGCUGGAGGUAAAAUUACAGGAACAGAAAAAUAAACUCCGAGAAGAGAUGCGCGACAAAGACGAGCGAUUGCGACUGGUUUCGGAAAUUAUCAAAGGUGAAACGCCAAUCAAGGUUACGCGAUCGAACAGCGUAGAUGAGUUGGCAACGCCUCUUACCAGUCAUGUGAGUGCAACUCCAAAUGGGGCACUGCAGACACCAAGGUCUAGAAGAGGAGUUGCAGUUGCCAAUCCUCGUCAUCGCCGAUCUCGUUCCACCGGGGAGCGUUGGCUGGAACACAGGGCAGCGAAUCCAGUUCCACUGGGAACUAUUUUCCAGCCUUAUUAUACUGAUCGAAAAUCGGUUACCAAGCUUCAGGAUGCCCGGGAUGUGACCGAAGCCAAGGCAUCCAAGUAUUGUCUCAUAUCGCAGGAGGCCGACACAGAGGGUGAGGUCGAAACGAAAAUCUUCAAAGGAGACGUGGUUCCAACCGUGGGGGGAGGCGCGCAAGUUAUUUUUAACGACGUGGAAUGUCUGAGGCAGUAUUCGCCAUCGAAGUCGCCGAACAGCCGAAAGCGACCCAGCAGCAAUCAACCGGCUGUCGUUGCGCCAGUCGCCAGUGCACCAACCUUGGCAGAAAUUCAGGCCACGAGCUCGAAAUGUAGCACCGGUAUCGAAGGACAUACUGGAAGUGGUGGCAAAAAAUCGAAGCAUUGAAUUUGUUUUAUGUAUUAAGUUGGAUGUUCAUUGUAAAAAAAACAUUAAUGGAGUUUUGAUUUAUUUUAUUAAUCUUCAAUAUAAAAUCAAUUCAAAGUAAAAAUGAGUUAUUAAACCGCUGACUCUGCUACGAUAUC